CAGUACUCCCAAAAAUAACAACACACACACCUCCGCGCACAAGCAAGUGCCUCCCCCGGGGGGGUUUCUAGACCCAAAUAUACUUGCUUGCUGGGAUACAGCUUGAUGUGUGUUUGAAUCGUAACGAAGAAAAAAAACAAGCCGCGUCUUCCUCGCAUUGCGCGUCAUUCAAACAGGACUCAGUGUACUGCUUUUCCCUCUGUUGCAUUAGUAAUAACAGCGGCGUUGACGGGAGACAGCAGGAGAGAGUGUGUGUGUGUCUCAGACUGCGGUGCCCAGCGGAGGAAUAUUUGAGCUUUUUAUUUACUCUGCAGCUUGUUGUUCAUUUUCUCUGCGUUAUGGUGAACUUGGACAGUCACGUGUGAACAUCUCUGCAAACACAGAGGACGACGACUUCGCACCUGGUGUGUCCCUUUGACUUUACCGCGAGGAGAAUAUACCUGCCAUUUUUUGUGAUAGCUGACAUCGCUGGACAUCCUUCCACUCCUGUGACGGACAACAACAGCAAGUUCUCUCCCUCAGGGAUGAAAUAUGCACACGGUGCGCCCGUAGAAAACAGCACACGACACACACUGUGAAGUCCAAAGAGGUUUUAAAUCAUGAUGAUGCAGGAGUCGGCCACAGAGACAAUAAGCAACAGUUCAAUGAGUCAAAAUGGAAUGAGCACCCUAAGCAGCAGCCAAUUAGAGGCUGGCAGUAGAGAUGGGAGAUCAAGCGCUGGUGACACGAGCAGCGAAGUAAGCACAGUCGAGCUGCUGCAUCUGCAACAACAGCAGGCCCUACAAGCAGCGAGGCAAUUACUCUUGCAGCAGCCAGGCAGUGGCCUGAAAUCUCCAAAGAGCCAGGACAAGCAGCGUCCACUGCAGGUUCCAGUGUCAGUGGCCAUGAUGAGUCCCCAGGUGAUCACGCCGCAACAGAUGCAGCAGAUCCUCCAGCAGCAGGUGCUCUCCCCCCAGCAGCUCCAGGCCCUGCUCCAACAGCAGCAGGCCGUCAUGCUGCAGCAGCAACACCUGCAGGAGUUUUAUAAGAAACAGCAGGAGCAGCUUCACCUGCAGCUCCUCCAGCAGCAGCACCCCGGCAAGCAGGCUAAAGAGGGCUUACGCAAUUGCCUGUCUGGCCCAGCGAUAAACAACUCUGUGAGGCAGCGAGGGGAGCAGAGAGAGGGUGGAGCGGGGGCAGGCGCUGUGCAUCAACAGCAGCAGCAACAGCAGCUGGCCGCCCAGCAGCUCGUCUUCCAGCAGCAGCUCCUGCAGAUGCAGCAGCUCCAGCAGCAGCAGCACCUGCUCAACAUGCAGCGGCAGGGCCUGCUGUCGCUGCCCGGGCCCGCCCCCGGACAGGCCGCCCUGCCCGGACAAACCCUGCCCCAGUCAGCUGGCCUGAGCCCCGCUGAGCUGCAGCAGCUGUGGAAGGAUGUGACCGGAGGCGGUGGUCACGCCAUGGAGGACAACGGCAUCAAACACAGCAACGGAGGGGGGCGGCAACGAGGCGGCGGAGGCGGAGGCGGCGGCGGAGGCGGAGGCGGCGGCAACGGAAGCGGCGGCAACGGAGGCGGGUUAGACCUCUCCACAAACAACUCUUCCUCAACUACCUCCUCCUGCAACCCCGCCAAAGCUUCGCCGCCCAUCUCCCCACCAUUCCAUCGCCAAACGGACAGUCCCCCGGCCCUCAACCACAGAAGAGAGAGGGAACGGGAACGGGAAAGGGAGCGGGAGAGUUCACUACAUGAAGAAAGUGGAGGAACCCACCCCCUGUACGGCCACGGUGUGUGCAAGUGGCCCGGCUGUGAGAACAUCUGCGAGGACUUCGGACAGUUUUUGAAGCACCUAAACAGUGAACACGCCCUGGAUGACCGGAGCACGGCCCAGUGUAGAGUCCAGAUGCAAGUCGUACAGCAGCUGGAAAUACAACUUUCUAAAGAACGUGAGCGUCUUCAGGCGAUGAUGGCCCACUUGCACAUGCGGCCCUCGGAACCCAAGUCAUCUCCCAAACCACUCAACUUGGUGUCCAGCAUCACCAUGUCCAAGAACCUGCCCUCAGCAUCGCCCCCCAACUUACCUCAGACGCCCACCACGCCCACAGCCCCCAUCACCCCCAUGACUGGCAUGCCCCAGGUGCCCUCAAUACUGGGAGGAGCCAACGUCCCCAGCAUGGGAGCCAUGCGCAGACGCCACUCGGACAAAUACUCCAUGCCUCUGUCGUCAGGUGGUGAAACAGUAUUUAUUUUUCCAGAGAUCGCCCCAAACUACGAGUUUUAUAAGAACGCAGAUGUCAGACCGCCAUUUACUUAUGCAACCCUCAUAAGACAGGCUAUCAUGGACUCUGCCGACAUGCAGUUAACGCUUAAUGAAAUCUACAGCUGGUUCACACGCACGUUCGCCUACUUCAGACGCAACGCUGCGACUUGGAAGAACGCUGUGCGCCACAACCUCAGUCUGCACAAGUGCUUUGUGCGUGUGGAGAACGUGAAGGGGGCGGUGUGGACGGUGGACGAGAUGGAGUACCAGAAACGCAGGUCGCAGAAGAUCACAGGGAGCCCGUCACUUGUUAAGAACCUGCCCUGCAGUCUCGGCUAUGGAUCGGCGCUAAACGCCAGUUUACAGGCUGCCCUGGCAGAGACCUCCCUGCCCCUGCUGGGGACCCCCGGCCUCAUGAACAGCGGCUCCACGGGCCCCAUGGGAGGCAGCUGCCACGGCCUCCUCGGCGGAGACCCCUCCAUGCUGAUGGGCGGGUGUCAAGGACUUUUGGGCGGAAGCCCACCAGGACUUUUGGGCGGCAGCCCCCCAGGUAUGCUGGGCUACAGCCCCCCCACCCUGCUGCAGUCCGCCCAUGAGGGACUCAACGGGCUUUACGACCACCUGGACACCAACGGACACGGCAGCCCCGGAUACUCCCCCCCAGUACACAUGCAACAGAUUCACGUGAAGGAGGAGCCGCUCAACAUGGACGACGAGGACUGUCCGAUGUCACUGGUGACGACAGCCAAUCACAGUCCAGAGUUGGACGACGACCGGGAGCUGGAGGAAGGGAACUUAUCAGAAGACCUGGAGUGACUAGGAUACCGUUUUUGGCCGACGUAUCCCUCCGCCCCGCCGCACUGUUUCUCCCACACAGACCUCCUGCAAGACUAAGAAACCACUCCACAGUCUCUCUGUGUCUCUCUGACUAUUUAUUGAGCAUGCAUCCGGAUGGAGACUGGUCCAAAGGAACUCUUUGUCGCAGCCCUUUGGGAACAAGACAGGCAUGAGAUGUCUGAUUAAAAGAAAACUUCAUUAGAGAUGGCGUGGCCACGUACAGUACAAGGAUGAUGGACUCAAGGAUACUGGGAGAAAAAAAAACAAAUCACGUUCCGUUGAAAGCUAGCGGCCUCAUAUACUGCCAAAAAGGAAGACGUUUUAUGUUUGUGAAUAAUCCCCCCCCCCCAGUAGUUGUUCAUGUCUAGAGACGAUUGCUGGUUCAAUUCAACUUGUUGCUCUGUUUUCAUUUGCACAGGAGUAGUCUCAGAAAUCCGUGUCACUGCCUGUAUGUUGCUACUAUUAUGAAUUAUGAACAGUAUAUUAUUUUUAGCUUCUUUUUCUUUUAACCAUGGUUAAUUUCAAAAUCUGACACCACCAACUGUAAAUGCCAUUCCCUGAAUCACACCGGAAAUAACGGAAAACUGCGGAUCCAAGACUGUUGUUGCAGCUGUCCAAAAAAAAAAGAGAAAAAAAAAAGUUGGCUUCCAGUCUAUUAUCUGUUUUGUGGUUAAAAGUAAAAAAAACUGAAAAUUAAGUUGGAGUAAAAUUACUAGUUUGUAUAAAGCACCAUUUACAAAACAGAUGCAUUUCCGCAUAAUGUCCCUCUUGCUGUCCUCUUUACCUCCUCGUUCUAAAGCUUUGUCUACCUGCAAACAGUCACAGGCAACAGCUAGAAACCAAAGCCAACACUAGCAAUGGCCAAUAGCUUAUAGACAGAAGCCACCAAACUCCUCUUGGUCCGUCUUCUGCGACUUUAAACUAGUACAAAGAGAAGCUUUCGUUCCACAAACUACCUUCGAAUAACCUCUGGGAUUGUUUCAUUUAGCCCUAUACAAAGAUGAUCACGAGACAGAAAGAGAGAGGGGGGAAUAAAUGCUGAUUUUGAUGUGUAAUUUGAUUCAUAGAGCAUCCACUUUGGAGAUUUUCUGCCAGAAAUACUGUAGCUAAAAAAAAGGGUUAGAGAGCAGUUGGUGACCGGUUAGAGAGCAGCUAACUGUAAAAGUGGAUCAUGACCAAAACAAAACAUUUGUGUAUUCAAUGGAAGUGCAGAAACAUUGUGUUGUUGUGAAGUUUCUUUCCCUUUUUGUUACGCAUUACACUUUUUGCUUUUUAUUUCCAUGAUUUUUUUCUAACCUGGUGAAUUUGUAAUGUUCUAAGUGGGACUGUCAAAAUAAUAUCACGUCUUAUUUCCGUGGCGGUUUUCCGAGGCCGCGUCGAAAACUGAAAACAUCGCUAACCAAACAUGAAAAAUAUCUAGUGAAGCCAAAUAAGUCAUAAUUUCAAGUUGAUAGGAAAUGGCUUGGUUACCAUGUGAAAGCAAAUCAUAAUAGCCAUUGCAGAAGAGGAUAGCUAAGGUGAAGGUGGUAUUUGCUUUAACGUCAUUGAAUACUCAUCGUGUGGUUCAUAGCUUCUCAACUAUAUAGAUACACCUGGUGUCGGCACUGAUGUACUCUGUAUGGGUAACCAGCUUUUUAUAACACACUUGGUAUUUAUAGAGACUAAAGAAAUAUAGUGCAUCCCGUCAUUUUCCUCACAGUCAUCUAGAAAAGUGUUGUUGCUUUAAAGGUCAUUUCUGUUUUCAGUAAACCAAAGUUACACAAAGUUCUGCCUCCUCUUGUACGGGAUAAAGAAAUGCUAAACCAACCACACACACACACACCCUGUCAGAGCCUAGCAUACAUGUGCGCGGACACACACGCACGCAGAUCCUGAGCUCACCUCCUCGUUGGGUCCGGCUGCAGAGGAUGCUGUCAGAGAACCAGCGAGUGGCUUUGCAUUGUGCUGUAAUGACCAAAAUGGAAACACUGUGCAUAGUUUGUUUUCAAGUGUUGCGCCGAGCCCAGGGAUUGGCUGUAAGAGCUUAACACGCAGACACGUGCAGUACUGUACAAACACGCAGCAUGUAAAGUACACACACACACACACACAUGCCAGUACCACGUCAAGAGGGCCCAGGAACAAAGCUUAUCCCUUCAAUACUUUAGCUGGAGACAACAAAACGACUUGAAGACGACGUUCUUAAUAAUCUUACCACACCAAAUAAAAAGGACGCUGCGUCUUUAAAAAAAAAGACAAAAAAAGGGUUCUCCCACUUACCCAAAAAGGCUUUCUAAAAGCUUCUACCUCUGCACAACAACAAUUCAGAACAAUUAUGACAGAUUGCACGAGUUAUUAGAGCGCCACAAGAGCUGUUACACUUUGCUUGUCUCAUAGGACGUGGCUCAAACCAACGUUUACAUUCCCUGCGUCAAGAUAUGGAAGAUUUGCAUUGUAAUAGGUUGUCCUCAAACAUUUGUAGAAUGAUAAUGUAUAGAUUACCUGUAAGGGAAUAUUGUGUUUUAAAAAUGCAUGUCUAAAAAUCAUUUGGUGGACUGGAAACAAGAACCAAUAAAAAGAAUAUAAUAAAAAUCAUCGGGACGAUGGCCUAAAUGUACAAUGCAUAGGAGUGCGUUACCUCAGAUAUACUGUUUUGGGAGGGAUAAAACCUGUCAGCCACAGAAUGCAUAUUACCUGUAGAUUUGCAUGGGUUUUGUAUAAAUUAAGUAAAAAAAAUGUCUAAAAUAGUUGCUUGCACAUAAUACCAGAAAGACCUCCAGAACUGCGAUCUGCUCCUCCACUAGAUUUUAGGAUUGUCUGGAUUUUCUGGGUUGAUUUUGUCUGUAUUUUGAUAACUGUGCAUACUUAUGUAAAAAAAUGUUGGUGGACCCAUAAAUUUACCAGACUUUUUUCUAAGAGGAAAAAAAAUCUCAGUGUUUCUUUUCUGACUUACCUGAAUUUUUACUGUUUCUCUCUCAUUGCUCGCUAAGAAUAGCAAACCUGCUUUUUCUGCAUCUGCUUUGCGUAGCUGUAAGGCUUAACCUAAUGUGUGUAUUUAUUGCUUGUACCUCUGUGCAUACUUUAUGAAGCAUUAUGUCUGGCAGUUGAGUCAUGUAUCCUUUCUACUGCUAUCCUUCUCUAAUAAUUGGGAAUAUGAUCCCCCUAUGUAUACAGUAAAUUGGGACUGUAGCAAACAUAUGUUUAUGUAAUUGGUGAAAACUUUUAUGUUUUUCUUUCAUUUCCUUUCGAGAUUCAACUACUUUUUUUGAUACUCUUCAUUACUGUGUACUGUGUCCAUACGUUAAAGGUUCUCUGACAUUAGAAGGUCACGGUUGAGAAUUGUAACAGACGUUAUUAUUUUCUGUAUUCAUGGCAUUUCACUGCUGAAUAAAAUAAAGGACCAAAACUUGGAAUUUGAAAAGCAA